AUGGAUGGUUCCCUUUCAGAUCAUGAUCAAAUGGCGGGAAUCCUUUGGGCUUCCUUCAAAAACAGAAUGGGCCAGGCCCAGGACAUCUCAAUGGGCUAUGAUUUGGGCACACUCAUUCAGCCUGUCCCUGGUUUGGAGGAAUUAUCGCUUCCCUUCUCUAAUGCUGAGAUUAAAAAGGUUUUGCAGGAGCUGCCAACCGAUCGGGCACCAGGGCCUGAUGGUUUUAAUGGCAUGUUUGUCAAGCGCUGUUGGAUCGUCGAGAAAGAUUUCUUGAGGUUGAUCAAAGAUUUUUAUGAAGGGAAACUUUCUCUGGAAAAUAUUAAUGGAUCUCUCAUUACCCUCAUCCCUAAGAUGAUAUCUCCUGAGGGGCCGGAUGAUUUUAGGCCUAUUUCUCUUACCAACACCUGCUUGAAGUUUCUAACCAAGUUGUUGGCUAAUAGGUUGCAAAGGUCAAAGAGGCCUAUUGUUAUUCUGAAAUUGGAUUUUGCCAAGGCUUUUGAUACAGUUAAUCAUGAGGUUAUUUUGCUGAUGCUCAAACACAAAGGUUUUGAUGAUAAAUGGAUUGGUUGGGUCAAAGAGAUCCUUUCUACGGGGUCUUCUUCUGUGUUGCUCAAUGGCAUCCCUGGCAAGCAGUUCAUGUGCAAAUGUGGGGGUAUCUUAUCACUCCCAAUCCCCACACGUGACCAGGAGUUCCCUAUUAUACAGUAUGCUGAUGAUACUGUUAUCUUUCUGUCUGCCAUAGAUGAGGAGCUGGUUGCUCUCAAGAACAUGCUGCUUACCUUUCAGCAAUCUACUGGUCUCAAGGUCAAUUUUGCAAAGUCUUCAAUGAUCCCGCUCAACAUUGAGGAAGGUGAAGCAAUUAGUUUGCAAAUCCCACCUGGUAUUAUCAAGCAGUUGGACAGAAUCUUCAGACAGUGCCUCUGGUGGGGGAGUUCUGAUGCUCCCAAGCAAUCUUUGGCCGCUUGGGAUUUAGUCUGUCGGCCAAAAGACAAAGGUGGUCUUGGGGUCAACAACUUAAACAUUCAAAGCAAGGGUCUUUUGCUCCAGCAUUUGCAUAAAUUUUAUAAUAAGGCUGACAUACCCUGGGUGUCCCUCAUCUGGAACAGUUAUUAUGCUGAUGGUGUUCCACACGCUACAACCCCAGUGGGCUCCUUUUGGUGGAGAGAUAUCCUCAAGCUCCAUGAUGCAUACACAGCUAUUGCCUCAGUGCACAUCAAUAUGGGUGACUCUGCUCUGUUUUCGUCUGAUGCUUGGUUUAUUGGUGGCUCUUCUAGACCUUUAUGUUGGAGAUUGCCAAGGUUAUUUUCCUUUGUUAGCAAUGACAAGGUUUCAGUGCAUGAAUUCCUCAUAUCGCAGGAUAUUUUUACCAUGUUCUUCUUGCCAUUGUCUCAUGAGGCUGCUCGGGAGUUACAACUGCUAGAAGAUUGGAUCAUGGCCUUGAAUAGGGACACCAACAUACCAGAUGUUUGGGUUUGGCUGGGCAGAUCUGGUAGUUUCUCAGCCAAGAGCUUCUACACCUUGAUGCACUCACAUUUGCCCACAAUUCAACCAUGUAAAUGGUUGUGGAAAAGCAGAUGCACCAUGAAGAUCAUAGUCUUUGGAUGGUUACUUUUCUUUGACAGGCUUAACACCAAGGACCUUCUGAUCCGCAGGCACUGGAGAUCACCCCUGGAUGAUAAUCUUUGCGUUAUCUGUCAUGAAUUUUCAUAUGAAGAUAGGCUGCAUUUGUUCUUCAACUGUAAUUUCAGUCGGAGGGUUUGGAACUACCUUUCUAUUGACUGGUCAAGAGGGCCGGAUAUUCAGCAAUGUAUCCAACAUGCUAGCUCAAGCUUCAGGCAUCCUUUCUUCUUUGAAGUAAUGUUGACGGCUGCAUGGAAUAUUUGGAUCCUCAGGAAUGGCAGAACUUUCAGAGGGGAGAGAGCUACCUUUGCUGCUUGGCGGUCUAACUUUGUACAUGAUCUUUCACUCUUAACUCAUAGGCUCAAGGAUGAUACUAGCUUCAAGCUAAAAGCUUGGAUAAAUGCUUUAGUCUAA